GAUUCUCCACUCUCCUUUGUUGGAAAAGUUGCAGUCAUGUUACCAAUCCAGUUACUAAUCACCGACCUUGUGGGUUCUCUUGGCAAAGAAAAAGUUGAGAAAGUUACAUUGACUUGCUUUCUUAGUCUUCCAAGUCGCAAAGCACAAUUUUCUUUCCUUCACUUUCCUUUUCUUUCUUGUCCUGCAGAACCGAUUGAAGCAAAGAGAGCAAGGAAAAUGGCUGAGAGUAUUAUCACCUUCUUCAUAGAGAAGCUAUCCGAUUUGAUCACCCGUGAAGCAAACUUCCUUACUGGAGUGGAUGAGCAGAUCAAUUCACUUCGUAAUGAGCUUGAAUGGAUACGUUCUCUCUUGAAAGAUGCAGAUGGAAUAUGCAAAGAUAAUGAAAGAGUAAGGCUCUGGGUGAAUCAAGUAAGAAGCAUCUCUUAUGAUGCUGAAACUGUUAUUGAUGAAUUUAUCUUCAAAGUAGAGCGGCAACGGCAAAGAGGAAGGAGAGGUAUUGGACGCAUUGGGUCCUUAUGUAAUUGUCAUAGUGGCACCAGCCAAUUGAAGCUCCUUCAUGACUUGGGCAAUCAGAUUGAACAGAUCAAAAAGAGGAUUGAAGAAGUUUCAGUCAACAAAUCAAAAUAUGGAAUUGAAGCUUUACAGAUUGGAGAACCAUCUUCAAGUUCCUCACAACAAAGCUUAUCGCGGAGGCAGAGAAGGACCCCUGUGGUGGAGGAAGUAGAUGUGGUGGGAAUUGAAGAUGAAGCAGAAAUACUAGUGAGGCAGCUGAUCCAAAGAGAGCUACGACUUUCUAUCCUUUCAAUUGUUGGUAUGGGUGGUUUAGGGAAGACCACUCUCGCAAAGAAAGUCUAUAACAGCAAUGAAGUUAGUAGGCAUUUUGAGUGUCGUGCUUGGAUUUACAUGUCUCAAGAAUACAAUAUUAAAGAGCUGUUGGAGAGCCUCCUAAAUCAAGUUGCUGAGCUCAAUGAAAGGCAUCAAAGGGAAGUAACUCAGAUGAGCGAACAAAAUUUGCAAAGGCUGCUGUUUGGGUACUUAAAGGAAAGGAGAUACCUGGUGGUAGUUGAUGACAUUUGGAGUAAAGAUGCUUGGGACAGUUUGAAAGUUGUUUUCCCUGAAGCAACAACAGGAAGUAGAGUAAUGCUUACUACUCGAAAUAAAGAGGUUGCACUUCAUGCAGAUAUGGAGAACAUUCCCCAUGAAUUGCGAUUUUUAAGCAAAGAUGAGUGCUGGACAUUGUUUUGUAAGAAAGCUUUGCCUAAGAAUGUUCCACUUGUUUUGUCUCCAGAGUUGCAGAAAGUAGGAAGAGACAUUGCUGCUAAAUGUGGAGGUUUACCUCUCGCUGUUGUUGUACUGGGUGGAUUAUUAUCGAGGAAAGAUAGAAUCCCAAGUGAGUGGGCCAAAGUACUCAAGCGUAUCAAUGGGAAAUUUUGUGAAGGCCAUGAUCAGAUCACAAGAAUACUAGCUCUAAGCUAUGAUGAUCUGCCUUACUACUUGAAAUCAUGCUUCCUCUGUUUAGGUGUUUUCCCUGAAGACCAUGAAAUACAUGUAAGGAAAUUAAUUCAGCUAUGGGUUGCAGAGGGACUUGUACAACAGAGAGGCAAUGAAACAAUGGAGGAAGUAGCAGAAGACUAUUUGGAGGAGCUGAUUGGUCGUUGUAUGCUUCAAUCGUCAAGGAGAUCCAGUGUUGGGAUUAGAACAUGUCGCAUCCAUGAUAUGCUACGGAAUCUCUCCAUAUCAGAGGCCAUGGAAGACAAGUUUCUUGAUGUUCGCCAAAUUACAGACUUUGAAUCCCCGGUUCGAACACAUCGACUGAUUGUUUAUGGCGAUCUUCGUAAGUAUAUCUCCUUAAACCAUAACUGUCCAACACGAUAUCUUCGAUCUUUCUUGUGCCAUGCCAUGCAUGUAUAUUAUGAAGAAUUGGGCCGAAAACACUGGAGAUUUCUUUGUGGUGGUUUUAGGUUACUCAGGGUGUUGGAUAUCCCACAGAUGGGAAUCACUAAUUUGCCAAAUGAAAUAGGUGAAAUGAUUCAUUUGAGGUACUUGGGGUUGAAAGGUAAUUUCUUAACAAGUCUCCCAAAUACCAUAUGCAAUCUUAUCAACCUACAAACACUUGACAUAAAACCUACCUAUGUAUUGGCUCCUUGCUGUCAAGAUAUACCCAGUAUUAUCAGUGAGAUGAUUCAAUUAAGACAUCUACACAUGAACUGGGGGAAGAUAUUAGGCUCAUCAAGAAUUGGAAAUCUAAGGAACCUACAAACUUUGUCACGCAUAGAAGCAGGCAGUUGGAUUGAGAAUGGCUUGGCCCAGUUGACAAAUCUUCGAAAACUGGUAGUACGAGGGGUCUUAAAUUCACACAGGGAGGCAUUGUCAAAUUCUAUUGUCUGUUUAGAGAACCUCCAAUCCUUGUGUUUGGCAACUGAUGAAAACAUUGUCUUUCCAAGCUUGACAUUCUCAAAUCAUGUUCAUCUUUAUAAGCUGCAAAUGCUUGGAAGGUUAGAGAAGCUACCAGACUUGCAUGGGUUCCCUCAAAACAUCACUCACUUGAACUUGCAGGGUUCCUGUUUGAUGCAGGACCCAAUGGCAACACUAGAGAAGCUGGCACAUUUACGAACUCUUGUAUUGGGUGGUGAAGUGUACAAGGGAAAGACACUAGUCUGUUCUGCAGGAGGGUUUCUUGAGCUUCAAGAAUUGGAACUUGUGGCCUUAAAAGAAAUAGAGGAAUGGAGGGUAGAGGAAGGGGCAAUGUCCAGCAUCAAGCGUGUGAAACUCUUUGGUUGCUUUUACCUGAAGAUGUUUCCUGAAGGGUUUCAGUAUUUGACCACACUCAAGGAAUUGGAAAUAAUCGCGAUGCCUCUUAAAAAUAGGAUUCUCCCAGAAAAUAUGGGAGAGGAGUUGUACAAGAUCCAACAUGUACCAUCGGUUGUUAUAAAGGACGUUUAUGUUCGAGGACCGAGACCCUAUUGAGAUUGUCAUCUGAUUCUGAAAGAGGAACUAAUGCAAGUAAGUUUUCACACUCAUGUAGUGAUUCCCAGUCAAUCUAGUUCUUAUGUGUUUGCAUUGAAUGGAUCUAAGGGUUCUGUUAGUGGUGCAGUGUCAUCCAUGUCUAGUAUCUUUGUUUUCCAACAUGUAGCUGUCUUGAAUGAAGAUGUAAUGAGGUUGUAUUAGUAAUGAAUAAAAUAGUUAUCUAUUUACCCA